CAUAUUUCAAGAUUUACUCUACAUCCCCAAAGCAUCGGCAAACUUGGAGCUGGCGUCUGACUUUCUGAGCGUGCUGAGAUCAUUUUUAAACCACCGGUUUCCAUCCAAAAUCGAGGAGCUUCAUUUCUUUAUCGCUCUUAUUAAAGUGAUUUGCCAUCCUGUUAUUAUUCACAUGUGUUUUUAAAUAACGGUGUGGUUAUCAGAAUAUUCAUCGAGAUGAAUUUGAUUCUAAUUCUGGUAGGAGUUGCCGUUUUGGCGAACUGCAGCAUCGCGGCUCCAACGGGAGAGCAGAAAGAAGCACCCAUGGAGACGCCUCCUCCUGUAAAGCCCUCAGAAACUUCGGCACCAGGACUCCAGAAAACACCAAGACCGGAACCCAAGGACGAGGAGCCGGUUUCCGGGGCAUUCCAGGGAGACAUGAUGCUGACAGUAGAACAGCUGAUGGAAGUUGAGGAGGCCAUCGACGACGAGAAAGCUGGUCGUAAGAAGAGAAAAGCUACAAACAGCGAUAGCAAACGCUGGCCAUUCAAAAUCGUCCCCUAUGUCAUUGAUUCGUCUUUAAGUGGGAUAUCUAGCUUGAUUCGCUCCGCCAUGGACCACUGGGAACAGAACACCUGCCUGAGGUUCGAACCCCGGACCUCGUCACACUCCAGGACGCUGCGACACGGGUCGUAUAUCUCAUUCUUCCGAGGGUCUGGAUGUUGGUCGCAUGUUGGACGAUCCUACCCAAGCCAGCAACAGAUAUCCAUAGGACCCGGAUGUGGUUACUUUGGAACCAUUGUUCACGAGAUCGGACACGCCAUCGGGUUUCAUCACGAACAAUCUCGACCAGACAGAGACAACCACAUCAACGUCUUCUAUCAAAACAUCCAGUCCGGUCGGGAACACAACUUCGCAAAGUACUCCUGGGGAACUGUGACGACACAGGAUGUUAACUACGAUGUUGGCUCUAUCAUGCAUUAUGGAGGCUAUGCCUUUUCUUCCAACGGUCAACCGACUAUCACAGCCCGCAAUCCCCUACUCAACAGUCGCCUCGGUCAACGGACCGGUCUCAGCGCCGCCGACAUCGCACUCGCGAACCUCAUCUACGAGUGCGACAACGUCGAAGAUUGCUCCGACGCCGACGAAUGCCUGAAUGAGGGCUAUCACGACGACGACUGCGUUUGCGUGUGUCCUGCUGGCUAUAGCGGCGACGUGUGCCAAGAUGGCGGACCAACCCUUCCGCCAAGUUGCUCCUACGUGUUCACCGAGACCAUCGGGGUUCUGACGUCUCCUAACUACCCCGCGGACUAUGACGAUGGCGCGACUUGCUUGUACCAGAUCGAUGGACCGGUAGGGAGCACUAUCGAAUUGACAUUCAUCGACAUGAACAUCGAAACGGAGGCUCUGUGUCGCUACGACGCCGUCGAGGUUCGCAAAGACGACAUCAACGGUGUCGGAGAGAAGUUCUGUGGAAACACCUUACCCCCCGUCCAGAUCUCUAGUAGCAACCAGAUGCUGGUUAUCUUCACAUCUGAUUUCAGCAUCACCUGGCGUGGUUUCAAAGCUACCUACGAAAUCGUGAUUGAUUCAACAACGAGGCCGCCGACCACGACGACGGCGGCAACGACCACCGUACAGACGACGACGGAGACGACCACACUGCAGGCGUCGACCGGUGACCCAGUGGUCGGUACUUGUGGCGGAGACUUUGUCGAUGAGGAAGGACGUUUUGCAUCACCGAACUUCCCUAGCGACUAUGAUAACAAUCUUGAAUGUGCGUACGUGAUCGAAGUGGGUGGUGGUCGUCGAGUUGAACUCAUGUUCGAGGACUUUGCUCUCGAGGACCAAGCAUCUUGCCAGUGGGAUAGACUCAUGAUUAACCUGGGAGAUGGUAUCAAAGUCGACAUGAAGAUGUGUGGUUCUGAGUAUCCAGUCGCUUCUUUGGUGUCAAUCGUCCUAGCUGUCAUAGUUCAGUGUAUCAUCGCAGCCCCAACCGCUCAGAAAGAAGUACCUGAGGAGAUGCCUCCUCCUAAGAAACCGCAGGACAGCGUCCCACAACAUCAUGAACCCAUCGAUGAGGAUCCGACUCCUGGAGCCUUUCAAGGAGACAUGAUGUUAACAGUAGAUCAACUGAGACAAAUCGAAGAGGCCAUCGAUGAUCAGAAGGCUGGUCGUAAGAAGAGAAAAGCUGUCAUCAAUCAGAAUGCUCGUUGGACCUUGAACAUCGUUCCUUAUGAAAUCUCACCAUCUUCAAGUGGUGAUAGCCAGGUGAUUCGUGCAGCCAUGGACCACUGGGAACAGCAUACAUGCUUGAGAUUCGAACCACGAACUUCCUCGCAUGCCAGUGACCUAGGCCAUAACACAUAUCUUUCAUUCAUCAAGGGUAGUGGUUGCUGGUCCUGGGUAGGAAGGGGUUCUUUUCAUGCUAAUGGCGAACAAGAGAUAUCCAUCGGAUCAGGAUGCGAAUACCUUGGUAUUGUCGCUCACGAGAUCGGACACGCCAUCGGGUUCCAUCACGAACAAUCUCGACCAGACAGAGACGAUUACAUCAAUGUCCACUUUGAAAACAUCCUAUCCGGCUUUGAAGGCAACUUCGAAAAGUAUGACUGGAAUUCUGUGACGACACGCAACGUCGAGUACGACAUCGGCUCCGUCAUGCACUAUGGAUCACAUGGAUUCUCAAGCAAUGGUGAACCAACAAUCACCACCAUCGAUCCUCUUCAGAUGCAUCUCCUUGGUAACCGAGCUGGUCUUAGUAACGCCGACAUCAUCCUAGCCAACCUCAUCUACGGGUGCGACAAUCAAUGUUCGGGCUCUGAGCAAUGUCAGAACGGAGGAUACCAUGAUACUAACUGCAUCUGUGUAUGUCCUCCAGGUUACAGCGGCGACUUGUGUCAGGAUGGAAGUGAACCUACCACUACACCACCAUGUUACCAAAGAUUGACUGACACACAGGGAGAGAUUACGUCACCAAACUACCCCAGUAACUAUGACAACAACCAGGAAUGCAUGUACCUUAUUGAGGGAGUUGCAGGAAGUACGAUUGAACUGACAUUCGUCGAUAUGGACAUCGAAAACGAGAACCUCUGUCGCUACGACUCCGUCGAGGUCCGCAAAGACGAUAUCAACGCCAUCGGAGAGAAGUUCUGUGGUAGCACCUUACCCCCUGUCCAGAUCUCUGGCAGCAACCAGAUGUUAGUUUCUUUCACAUCUGAUUACAGCAUCACUGGGCGUGGUUUCAAAGCUACCUACGUCAUCGAGGGUGUUCCUACGACUGAGGCACCAACUACCACCCCUGAAACAACUACCAAUCCUCCUGUCGUCGGAACAUGUGGAGGAAGCUUUGAUGACAACCGAGGUUCAUUAGCAUCACCAAACUAUCCUAAUGAUUACGAUAAUAACCUACGGUGUGUCUACGUGAUCGAAGUGGAGGCCGGUCGUAGGGUUGAGCUGACAUUUGCAGACUUCUCGCUGGAGAAUCAGAGUACCUGCCGAUGGGACGAACUGGAGAUCGAUCUCGGAGAUGGUGUCAAAGUUCCUAUGAAGAUGUGUGGUUCUGAGUAUCCAGUCGCUUCUUUGGUGUCAAUCGGUAACAGGAUGGAACUAACCCUGAGGACAGAUGGAUCUGUUAGAGAUAGAGGCUUUUUGGCGAGAUACCGUGCAAUCGAUCUCUGAUUCGACGAUCGAAUAACUAAA